AGCAUCGUUAUUACAGUUUUAUAAGUACAAUAAAUUAAGUUACAUUGGUGUCAUAUUUUGUAUGAAAUUCAGGCUCGAAAUGAAGGUCACAACAUCACAUAGAUAAAAACCUCUACUAGAUAUUAAAAGAAAACAACGUAUUCGUAUUAAUGUAUGUGAGACAUAUUUAGGCCUACACGAAACCGUAGAACAUUAAUGUAUGAUUUUGUGUGCCGUGAGAUAAAAAGCUACGUGACACAUUCUGGGUCGAAGAUGGAGCCCAUAACUUAUAACCAAGGUCAUUAAAAUGUUCUGCUUUGUCAGGGUCAUCGCAAACCUCGUGGGGGCGGUGACGGCACUGGCUAUCAAUCAAUCCGGUUCGCCACUAGACCACUGAAACUUGAGGAAUAUAAUAUAAAUACUUUUCUGUGGCAUAAUAACGUUGAAAAGGAUCAUAGCCGACACCCCUUCACACUUGUACGUCCUAAAUUUUAACCGUUGCGUUGGUAACACUGUUUAGGAUUCUCUAUCUUAUCGUUUGCAUUACUGAACAUAAAACCGUAUUUAUUACGUCUCGCUAAUAAUUAAUAGGUAAGGAUUCGGUAGGGAACUGUAGUUUUAUAUUUUAGCGUUCUAUCCUUGGAAAGACUUAAGAAAAUAACGAAAUCUUCUUUAGAUACCUGAACUGUUAAGAGGAUGUUGUUCCACUGUCGGAAAGUUUGAGAAAAACAGUGGUCAAACCAGGUCGUGACAUUUUAUUUGGGGUGGUAAACAUGUAUUAGACGCAGGCAGAUGUCUUAACUGGCACGUUUAAAGUUCUCGUUUGUUUUAAAAUCGCUGUGUAUUAAACUGUGCGUAUUUUUGAGGAAGAUUAUGUAUAUUUCUUAAUGUGAGUGGUCAAAUUCUGCAAGUGAAUUUAAUUUUGAGAGAAGUUUAAUUAUUCCCUCUAAACCGUGUGCUUUGUGAAGUGCGUUUUCUUAGUGUGAGUGAUUAAUUAAUUGGUGUUUUUAACGUGAUGUGCAAGUGAUAUGGACUGUCAGUGGCUGAAAGGUUCCCGGUGCCCGUCCGAGGGUUUUCCUACAGCGAGGAUACACGGAAAAAGGAAGGGGCGUCAACACUCGAAACAUCAUCCAGCCGAGGGUAUUCCUCCAUCCGCUUUCGUCUCGUUCCAUCAUCAAGAGUUGAUACAGCGUCGAUGGCAUUAGCUGUAACAAAUGAACAUUUGCAAGAGGAUUGGCAAUUGUCAAAAGAAUGUGUGCGAGAAAGAAUUCAGAUACUUUUGAAGACUUCGCAGUGGAGUGACUGCACAUUUAAAGUGGGAGGAAGCACUGACUUUGAGAUAUUCAAAGCUCAUAAGUUGAUCCUGGCAUCUUGCAGUCCUGUAUUCGAGGCAAUGUGCUUUGGUCCACUUGCCGAGAAACAGUGUAUCAAUGUCAGUGAUGUGGAGCCUGAUGUGUUCAGAAAUUUACUGGAGUACAUAUAUACCGAUUCCAUAAAUUUGUCUUCAGUUGAAGAUGCCAGUGGAGUCCUAUAUGCAUCAAAGAAAUAUAUGUUGCCUCAUUUAUCACAGUUGUGUCACGAGUAUCUUCUGAGUAAUCUCCGUCCAAGUAACGCUCUAGCGAUAUUUGAAUUUGGGAAAGGAAUUCAAGAAGCUGAAUUAAUGAAGGCUUGCAUGGAUGUAAUGUGCAAGUACACAGAAGAAGUUUUACAAGCUCCAUGUUACCACAUUUUACCCACGACCCUCGCCUCAUUAUUGGAUCAGAGAGCACUAAAUAUGAGUGAAUUUGAACUUUUCGAGGCAGUUUUGCAUUGGGCAGAAGCAGAAUGUGAACAGCUUGGGUUAGAACCAACAGGUGCCAAUUGUCGGGCGGUACUGACAGAAGCAGGAAUCCUAUCAAAAAUACGCUUUCUGGUACUUUCACAGCAGCAGUUUGCUGAAGGCCCAGAAUCUUCUGGAAUUUUAACGUCAGAAGAAAUUUUUGCGCUGAAAUAUGUUAUUUCAGACAUUGAGAAUAAUGGAAAUGAUUCAUAUGGAAGAAAUGAAUCUUUGUCUAAUAUCGUGUAUUGUAAUAAUCCUGAUACUAGCGUAUCUCAUAUUUCUAAAUCUGAUGAUACUACUGCUGGCGAUAAUCCAUCAAAGAACGAACCAGAGCCUAAUACCAAAGUCUCACGACACAUGUCGCUUCCUAAUGGAAUGAGCUGCUCUCUUUAUCCUCGGAGUCGCAUCUUCAUUAAACAAUUCUACUGUGCAAGACAAUUUCUCAAGACAGCUGUUACAGUGUCUGGAAGACUGAGGCUUUUAACGAAGGUGCAAACUGACAGGAGUGUCAUGGUGCAUGGGAUUCGAAUAUUUACACGACUCAUACCCCAACGAGAAUUUACUUAUGCUCCCGCGCUCCCUCGUGACUAUCAAGAAAACAUGGAGGUAUGUGUUUUGGAUUACCAGGGAGCUCUCCUGUGUCAAACUGUGUACACUGAUAUUGUAGAGUAUAAUACGUUGGCUACCGUGACCUUGAGUGAACCGGUGCGGUUUAUUAGUGGUAGGGAAUAUAGUAUUCUGCUUGUACUGCCAUGUAAUGGUGGCUGUACACAUGAAUAUCCAUUGAGUUUCAUGUCUCAGACUGAGAAAACGCACGGUAUUGAGUUUCGAUUCUGUGAUCACGCUGACGUUAAUGGUACCGGUGCAUUUGUUCGACGUUUAGAUAAGGGAUUUGUAGAUGGUGUUGUAUUUUCUAUGUAAAUUACAUGAAGGAUUUAUCUUCUGGCUUUUCAAAACUGAAAAUUGGAGUUAUAAAUACAAACGUCAUAAUGCGUACAGAAAGAAGUCAGGAGACCUUGAAAGUAUACUCAUUUUCCAGAUUUUGCACGAGACAAACUAGCUUUCGUUGACUUUGUUAUUGGCAAAAUUAAAAAUAAAAUAGAGUUUAAGAGUAGAGUGGCUGAUUUUGAGCACUCAUUUUUGUCAGUAUCCUAUGAAUAUUACUGGUCUGGACAACGUGGGUCGACGCACACCUGACAUUUAAAAAUGGUGUGACUCAACCCAUGUUUUGUCCAGGUUAUAUGUUCGUCUUUUGUGCUAUCUUCAGCUUGUGGUGUCUUUCAUCUCCGGCCAGUCAAACCGGUCGACAGAAGCCUCUGCUUGGUCCUUUCUUCUUUCCAGCAAGUAUAAUUCUUCAUUCAGAUAGUUCCCUUUUUCUCGUCUUGUAUUCUUAAUGGUACGUUAUGGCACCUUGCAGUGAUGUGCUGCCAUUUUAAUUGCCUUUCUCAAUGCAAGAAUCAAAGUUUUUUCGGAUGCCUCUUUAUCGCAGCAUUGGACAAUUAGGCUGUCUUUUAUCAUUUCUUGUUAGAAACAGUACCACGUUUUUUCUGAACUUCUGACAUAACUGGAACAAUCUGCAGAACAUUAAACUUUAACAACGCUAAAUGAACAAUAACACGCUAACAGUAGACUUCCGAGCACAUGUGAAAACCGAGGAAGCAGACGAGUAGGGCCUGAUGUUUACACUUAUUAGAAUACUCACUGUGCAUACACAGAAUCUCACUUCAAAUUGAAUUUCACUGCGCCGAGUCCGAAGAUGGCUGUUUUCUGGGUUGUAGUGCCAUGUAGUCUGGUAGAAAGUUUUCUUCAGCACUAUCAACUUACAACCUCAGUCCUUGUGAUUUUUUUUUGAACCCUUAGAACUCUGUAGUUAUGAGACUAGACCUAGAAAUUUCUUGUAAAAUAUGUGGACUUCAUUGUGUUAGAUACAAAGUUACAUUUUUAAAAUACUUUUUUUUUUCUUUUCUUUUUUUUUCCUAGUUUGUUUAUGCAGACAUCGACUAUGUCUGAUGAGAAGGUUAACAAAGUGAUUGACUUGAAUUUGGGAGGUAUCCAGUUUAGAUCUUGAUGUGUUAUUGCCUAUCCUGUGAGUUUUCUCAGUCCAUUUACGAGAAGUCAGGGUAAAUUAUUAAUUUUAAUAAGCCACAAGUGGUCCCUGCCUUGCUCCAUAUUUAUUUAUCAUAAUCACACCACAUCUCAUGUUUUUAUGUAUCUCAACAGUUGAUCCACCAACCAUCUCUUAACUUGGUCCAUGAACACACACACGGUAACAUAAUUCAUACUCUUCUUAACAUAAUUUAAUUAUAUGCCAUUGUUUGUAAUACAAUUGUGAAUAUAUGGUUAACAACAUGACUCGGCCAUUAUCGGCCAAUCCCAGGUAUUUUGAACCCAUUCUAGAAGUAAUUAAUGUAUCGUACGCAAAACAUGGCGUCGUAUGAUAUAAUGUAAAUUCAUUUCAUUGUUUCAAUUUUUUUUAAUAUAUAAUUUUAAGGACCUGAAGUGAAGUGAUCCAAUCUCUCUGGAUACAAGGUCUUAAAAAGGUAUUGCAGUGAGCACAGUAUUUUCAGGUAUAUCUUUUGGGCUGUGCCCAGUGCGUGAUAUUUUGAUUCAAAUUAGAAAUCGCCUAUCAUCGUCAUACGUUUCUCUUGUAUGUGCAAAUAUUUCAUUGUGUGAUUCAUGAGAUACAGAAAUUUGGCCAAGUUUAGGAAUCAUAAUUUUGUUAAUAUUGGCCUUUAUGAUUUUCUUCUCUAGAUUGUUUGUUGUGUUUCUUUUUUGUGUACCCUGUGGUAUUAUACCAACAGUAAUUUACAUGUUGAAGUCCUCUAGUCCAAUUUUGGACAGCUACUCUACAGUCUAGUUUAUCUGAAUGUGUUUUUGUUUUAUGUGAUAACAUUAUAAGUCUAUAAAUAUCUCUGUUACCAGUCACAUAAUAAAGAUGUGAUAAUAAAA